AUGAAAUUACUCGGAGAAAGAAAGCGUAACCAUAAUACACGCACUGCGCACAGUAAGAACCCCCAGCAAUCACCCACCGAACACAGACACCAACCGAACACAAACACCCUCAAAACACAAACAUCCACCGAACACGUACACCAACCCAACACAAACACCCACCCAACACAAACACCCUCAAAACACAAACAUCCACCGAACACGUACACCAACCCAACACAAACACCCACCCAACACAAACACCCUCAAAACACAAACAUCCACCGAACACGUACACCCACCCAACACAAACACCCACCCAACACAAACACCCUCCAACACAAACACCCACCCAACACAAACACCCAUCCAACACAAACACCCAACCCAACACAAACACCCACCCAACACAAACACCCACCCAACACAAACACCCUCCAACACAAACAUCCACCGAACACGUACACCCACCCAACACAAACACCCACCCAACACAAACACCCACCCAACACAAACACCCACCCAACACAAACACCCACCCAACACAAACACCCUCCAACACAAACACCCUCAAAACACAAACACCCACCCAACACAAACACCCCAACACAAACACCCCCAACCCACAAACCCUCCAAACACAAACCCCAGACACAACGACACCACCCCAAACACAAAAACCACCAACCAAACACCCUCAACCCCCCAACACAAACACCCACAAAACCAAACCACACACCACCAAACACAAACACCCACCCAACACAAACACCCACCCAACACAAACCCCUAACAAAACCCCCCAACACAACACCAAACAAACAAACACCCACCCAACACAAAUACCCACCACACCCACCCUCAAAACACAAACACCCUCAAAACACAAACACCCUCCAAACACAAACACCCACCCAACACAAACACCCUCCAAACACAAACACCCACCCAAUACAAACACCCACCGAACACAAAUACCCACCGAACACAAACACCCUCAAAACACAAACACCCUCAAAACACAAACACCCUCCAAACACAAACACCCUCAAAACACAAACACCCUCAAACACAAACACCCUCAAAACACAAACACCCUCAAAACACAAACACCCUCAAAACACAAACACCCUCAAAACACAAACACCCUCCGAACAUAAACACCCCCCAAACACAAAUACCCACCCAACACAAACACCCACCCAAUACAAACACUCUCAAACACAAACACCCACCGAACACAAACACCCACCGAACACAAACACUCUCAAAACACAAACAUCCUCCCAACACAAACACCCACCCAACACAAACACCCACCCAACAGAAACACCCACCCAACACAAACACCCACCCAACACAAACACCCACCCAACACAAACACCCUCAAAACACAAACACCCUCCAAACACAAACACCCUCCAAGCACAAACACCCACCCAACACAAACACCCUCAAAACACAAACACCCACCCAACACAAACACCCACCGAACACAAACACCCUCAAAACACAAACACCCUCCAACACAAACACCCUCCGACCACGAACACCCUCCGAACACAAACACCCUCAAAACACAAACACCCAACCAACACAAACACCCACCCAACACAAACACCCUCCGAACAUAAACACCCUCAAAACACAAACAACCACCCAACACAAACACCCACCCAACACAAACACCCACCCAACACAAACACCAUCAAAACACAAACACCCACCCAACACAAACACCCUCAAAACACAAACACCCACCCAACACAAACACCCUCAAAACAUAAAACACCCUCCCAACACAAACACCCACCCAACACAAACACCCCCACCACAACACCCCACACCCCGACACAAACCCCCUCAAACACAACACCCCCACCACACAAACACCCUCCAAACACAAACACCCACCCAACACAAACACCCACCCAACACAAACACCCUCCGAACACAAACACCCUCAAAACACAAACACCCACCCAACACAAACACCCUCCCAACACAAACACCCUCAAACACAAACACCCACCAAACACAAACACAAACACCCACCCAACACAAACACCCACCCAACACAAACACCCUCCAACACAAACACCCUCAAAACACAAACACCCACCCAACACAAACACCCACCCAAUACAAACACCCUCCGAACACAAACACCCUCCAAACACAAACACCCACCCAACACAAACACCCUCCGAACACAAACACCCCAGCUCUCUACCUACUCAGACCACUUGUGUUGUGUUCAUUGCAGAUUGUGAUGUUGAUAGCGGUUGUCAGCGAACAUUUCCUAUGGUUAGCUCGGUUAGCAGUAUGGGUACACACGAGAGACUAGCCUGUCAGGGAUACACACGAGAGACUAGCCAGUCAGGGGUACACACGAGAGACUUGCCAGUCAGGGAACGGUGUGGUGUGUCAUCCGACAAUGUGGAACGGUGUGGUGUGUCAUCCGACAAUGUGGAACGGUGUGGUGUGUCAUCCGACAAUGUGGAACGGUGGGGUGUGUCAUCCGACAAUGUAGAACGGUGUGGUGUGUCAUCCGACAAUGUGGAACGGUGUGGUGUGUCAUCCGUGGAACGGUGUGGUGUGUCAUCCGACAAUGUGGAACGGUGGGGUGUGUCAUCCGACAAUGUGGAACGGUGUGGUGUGUCAUCCGACAAUGUAGAACGGUGUGGUGUGUCAUCCGACAAUGUGGAACGGUGUGGUGUGUCAUCCGACAAUGUGGAACGGUGUGGUGUGUCAUCCGACAAUGUGGAACGGUGGGGUGUGUCAUCCGACAAUGUGGAACGGUGUGGUGUGUCAUCCGACAAUGUGGAACGGUGUGGUGUGUCAUCCGACAAUGUGGAACGGUGGGGUUCGUUAGAAUUUACUUGA